CUUUCUAGGGAAACUAAUUUAAAAUUUGAAAUUUUGCUGAUUAAUCAUUAAUGUUGUUCAAUUUCAAUGAUAAAAUUUCGUCAUUUCUUCAAGUUUACAGAUCAAUUAUACGUGAAUUGUGAUUUUAAAUUAUGUCACUAAACGAUUUACCUGAUAUUUGUCUUUGGAAGAUCUUCAAAAAUGUCAAUGAAGCCGAAGAUUUGAUUCGAUUGUCUAAAGUUUGUUCGAGAUGGUCCGAUUUAAUUACGUUGAGAUUUAGGCGUGUGAAAUAUCUUCAAAAGAUGGAGAUUUAUAGUAGAGAAGUUAAAGCUGAUUAUAUUGAUACGAACAGUUUGUGGAUUAAUCGCAAUACGAAUUGGAGUUAUUACAAUUUAUUACAAUUUUUUCCGAACUUUAAGAUUAUAGAUACUGCGACCUAUAGUUACAAUUCAUCUUUAAAUUUACCAGAAAUUGUCAAAAACAAUCCACAAAUAAAGGGAUUGAUUGGAUAUUUUAAUUCAUUAAUAAAAAGAGAAGAUUAUGACUUGUCAAAUAUCGAAAUGUUCGCUUCAGAAUUUAAUUUCGAUUAUAAAAAAGUUUUUCGACCUGAUCAGUUGAAACAAGUUUUCGGCAGCUUUAUAAAUAAGAUUGAUCUUCCUUCAUUCAUUGAAUAUUUUCCAAACUUGAAGCGACUCCACAUGCAAUUCUAUAGAAAGGACCAAGUUUUUUACAAUGGCCCGAAUUUGUCCGCGUUAAAGAUUCUUGAAUUUGGUAGAAUCGAUAUGGUUGGAAAAUUCACCGGAUUUCAUUUCAUAGAUUUUUGUCCAUCUUUGGAAAGUGCUUUCAUCGGUUACUGGGCAGAGGAUAUUUAUGUAAAAGAAUCGAUAAAGAAUUACAAUCUAAGAGAUCUGGUUAUCGAGAAUAUUCGCUUUGGUUGUUUUCUGUGGCUACCUCUUAAAAAACUGGUGUCUAAAUUUCCUAAUUUACAACAUUUAGCAAUCAGAAAGUUUGAUAAGCUUGAUGUUAGCCAUUUUGAUUUAGAAGAAUUGAUACAAUUAAUACCUAAGUUGAAGAUAUUGGACUUGAGAGGAUGUAAGAAAGUGACGCAUAAAUCGGCUGAUUUUCUGUCCAAAUAUUGUGCCAAAAAGAAUCGAUCAAUUGUAAUAUAUUACGAUUGUGAAAACGAAACCCACCGAUGGCCUAAAUUGGUAAAUACUAUAAACGAACUUGCUAUGGAUUUGAUUUCAUGA